AUGAUAGCUAAAGUUUGUAAUAAUUAAAAAAGAGUAAAAAAAAGUAUUAAUAAAAAGCAAGAAAGAGAAAGCAAAAGGAAUAUCGUAAUUAAAGGGAAUAUUGAUCACAAAAGGAAAGAAGAAAAAUAAAGAAAACCUAUAUAAAAUUCACUUAAAAAAAUUAAUUAAUUAAUUACAAAAGAUAGAUCAGCUCAGUUAGUCAGACGACAUAUUAAAUUACUUUUAAUUCCAUCAAAACUUCAGAUGAGUGCACAACCCUCGAUAUCUCCCCUCAAGCAGCACUCCAACAAGCACUCACCUAAAUCCACAGAAAAAACUAAGGCAUCACCAAACAAGAAAAUAUAAAAUGGAGAACUAUCAAGUACUUCUUAACCUAUUACAAGCAAAAAAUAAAAAGUCAAUUAAUUUAGCGAAGAAGGAAAGCAUACGCCCAAAUUAGGUAGUAAAUCUUAGCAAUAGCCUGAGAAAAAUGGAGUAAAAAAGGCUUAGGCAUAGAAAAAUGGCACAACUAACUCGAAGUCAUAGCAAUAAGCAUUAAAUUAAGUUGGAAACGUUAGUAGCAAUGGUACUCAAUAGGGUGGCUCAAGUAAAUAAAAGAGCUGUUUUAAUCAGUAUUGCCCUAAAGAUAAGAACAUCUCCUCAGUACCCUCACCUUAGCAAGAAUCAACUAAGAAGUAGAGUGUGAAUGGAUAAUAUAAGCAAGCAAAAUUAGAAAAAACAGGCGAAAAAGUCACUUUCUGUGACCUCUGCUGUCAACGCUAUUAAGAAAAGCAUUUCUGCUACUACUGUUAGUAGGUCUACUUUGAUGACUAUAACAUCGAUGAUAAAGAAUGGAUAUUGUGUGAUACUUGCGACAGAUGGUGCCAUUUACAUUGUGAAGAGGAGAAAAUUAAGAAAGCAUUUAGUAGCUCUUAGUCAGAGAAUGUAUAGUAUGACUGUCCUAGAUGUAGAUGCAAAGAAGGUAAUUCUUCUUAGUCAGGCAAUGGCAACUAAGUUUCUUAAGGUAAAUAAUAAUAAUAAGCAAAUGCCAAAGCAUCAAAGGAGAAACCUUAAUCUGUAUCAGCUGCUAAUAUUAAGCAAAAAAAGAAUACCAAGAAUAAGGAAAAAGAAGAUAAAAAGCAAGAUUAGGUAGAUUAGCAAAUAGAAACGCAUGUAAAAGGAUAAAACAAUGGUUAAAAUGUUUAAACACCAUAAGCCCUUUCUUAUCAUCAACACUCAGCUUAAUAAUCCAGUGUUGUUCAAAAUAAUAUUAGAAAAGGUAAUACAGGAAUUAAUAGUACAAGUAGAGAUCAAAUACAGACCAAUAGCUAAAAUGAUCAAGAUAUCGUCUACUCACUUGAUAACUUCAAAAGAAAAAAGAAUAAAAUAUUCUAAAAUAAAAGUAUCAUGCAAUUGUAUCAACCUAUACAACCUUUAGUUUUUCCAAACUAUACUACAAUCGAAGAUCUGCUAAAAAGUGCAGGAAUAAGUGUUUGUUUAGAUGAGAAUACAAUUAAAAGUGAUUUAAACGACAUGAAACGCAUGCUUAUGGAAUCUUCGGAUUCUUCAUUUAAAAGCAACUCCUCAAACUAACUUCCCAAUGGAAUUCAUAAUAUAUAAAAUGGAUAAAACUACAGCAUAGUUGUCAAUUAAGAGUGA